AAUGAGCGCCUCGGACCGAGCGGAGCGAGCAGCGCGUGCGUGUGUGAGAGCGAAGGAGAGCGCGCGCGAGAGGAGGUUUUGGCGAGCGGACUGCGCUCGCGCUGCCUUCCGUCUCCCAAGUCGUGCGGGAUUGACUGCGGAGCUGCGCGCGCGGAGGACUGGGCAUGGAUCCUGAGCAACAAAGACGCGCGAGGAGAGGAAAAGUUUGAAGGAGAGGCUGGAAGUGAGUGGGAAGCUAAACAAAGCAGAAGGAGCCGGAGGAGCCGGAGGAGGAGGAGGAGGAGGAGAGAUGCCAGGCAUGAAGUUGGGCUUGUUUCUCGCGGUUCUCUCGCGCUUUUCCCUUUUGCAUGGCUUUGUCGUGCACGUGGGUGAAGACGCGCGACCUGGCACGGUGAUCACGAGCGCGCACGGGAGCGCCUCGUGCACCUUGGAGCAGGUCAUCUCGCCCAGGUUCGCUCAGAACUUCCUGCGCGUCGACGCGCCGGCUGGAACUGCGUCCACCUCGGACGCGCUGAGAUGCGAAUCGCUGCUGACCAAUCCGUUUGCGGUGCACACGGUGGCGGAUUGCACGACCGCCGGGGUCACUGGGGUCAAGUUCAGGCACUUGGUCGUGAGUCGGUACCUGGUGCACGUUCGGGGGUCAAGCUGUGCGCGCGGACCUCGGCGCAGAGAGAAAUGGGAUGUGGAGGUUGUAAGUUUGCUGCAAGCGCCUGGGCCGCAGGUGGACUGCCUGGAGGUGGGCGCUGGACUGUUCCGCGUGCAGGAGGUGUUGCCUGGCGCUAGGACUCCCGGAUUGUCCUGUAACGUUACCGGAACUGCAAUUUCCUUCGCCGAGGAGUGGUUAGUCGUUUCGGCGCCGCUGUGUCUUCUGGAUGGCUCACUGCUGGAGUUUGACCUGCACUGCAUGGAAAAAGUGGCCCGGGGGCGCAGAAGGUCCACGCAUGUGCGCUGGCACUUGGGUCAGGGACCCUUCAGGCAGCGCUACCUGGAAAAGCUGCUGUGGAGAACGGCCGAGGAUUCAGAGUCCGGUCUGCUAAGCAGGAGGAAGAGGAGCGCGAAUGCUAACCCCCAGUUUCAGCCACCGAUGUACCAGGUUUCCGUCCCGGAGAAUAAAGCAGCCGGGACUUCUGUGGUCCUUUUAAGAGCCAUGGACCCGGAUGAGGGUGAGGCAGGGAGGCUGGAUUACUUCAUCGAGGCCCUGUUCGACAGCCGCUCAAAUAACCUCUUUGCUGUGGACACUGAAAGUGGCCUGGUGUCCACAGUCGAGGAGCUGGACAGAGAAACAAAGGACACCCAUGUGUUCCGAGUCACGGCUGUUGAUCACGGAACGCCGCGUCGGAGUGCGAUGGCAACUCUGACCAUAACUGUCAGCGACACGAAUGACCACGACCCAGUGUUUGAGCAGCAGGACUACAAAGAGAGCGUGCGGGAGAACCUGGAGAUCGGCUACGAGGUGCUGACGGUUCGGGCCACCGAUGGAGAUGCCCCAAUUAACGGGAACAUCCUCUACCGCAUCCUCAACAGCAAUGGAUCCAAUGACGUGUUUGAAAUUGACUCGCGAUCUGGAGUGAUCCGGACCCGUGGACCUGUAGACCGUGAGACGGUGGAGUCCUAUAUACUACUGGUUGAAGCCAAUGACCAAGGGCGUGUUCCUGGUCCUCGCAGCGCCACGGCAACUGUGCACAUUGUGGUGGAAGAUGACAACGACAACGCCCCGCAGUUCAGCGAGAAGCGCUACAUUGUGCAGGUGCCAGAAGAUUUGGCUCCCAACACUGAGAUCCUACAGGUGACUGCUACUGACCAGGACCGAGGCAGUAAUGCGGUUGUUCACUUCAGCAUCAUGAGCGGGAACACCAGAGGACAGUUUUACAUUGACGCACAAACAGGGAAGAUGGAUCUUGUGAGUCAGCUGGACUACGAGAUGAAUAAGGAGUACACACUUCGCAUCCGAGCUCAAGACGGUGGACGUCCACCGCUGUCCAACAUCUCUGGCUUGGUAACUGUGCAAGUGCAGGACAUCAACGACAAUGCUCCGAUUUUUGUUAGCACUCCGUUCCAAGCUACGGUGCUAGAAAAUGUCCCGAUUGGAUAUUCUGUGAUACACAUUCAAGCCGUAGAUGCAGAUUCUGGUGACAAUUCCCGACUGGAGUACCAUCUCACAGAAACAACACCAAACUUCCCGUUCACAGUAAACAACAGCACAGGGUGGAUUAUAGUGGCGGCCGAGCUGGACAGAGAGAGUCUGGACUUCUACAACUUUGGAGUAGAGGCCCGAGAUCACGGAAUUCCCGUCAUGUCAUCCUCUGCUAGCAUUAGCAUGACAAUCCUGGACGUGAAUGACAACAAUCCUGAGUUCACACAGAAGGCGUACUACAUGCGUCUCAAUGAGGAUGCAGCAGUAGGUACCAGUGUGGUGACUGUGUCCGCAGUAGACCAGGACAUUAACAGUGUUGUGACGUACCAGAUCUCCAGCGGGAACACCCGGAACCGCUUCUCCAUCACAAGUCAGAGUGGCGGUGGGCUAAUCACUCUAGCGCUCCCGCUCGACUACAAGCUGGAGCGGCAAUAUGUGCUGAGCGUCACAGCCUCUGACGGCACACGAUUCGACACCGCCAAGGUAUACGUCAACGUCACUGAUGCCAACACUCACCGGCCCGUGUUCCAAAGUUCGCAUUACACUGUCAACAUCAACGAGGACCGUCCCGUGGCUACCACCGUCGUGGUGAUUAGCGCCACAGAUGAGGACACUGGAGAAAACGCAAGGAUCACGUAUUUCAUGGAUGACAGCAUCCCUCAGUUUAACAUAGACCCCGAUACGGGAGCUGUGACGACUCAGAUGGAGCUGGACUAUGAAGAUCAAGUGUCUUACACGCUCGCCAUCACAGCUCGCGACAACGGAAUUCCCCAGAAAUCUGACACCACCUACCUGGAGAUCUUGGUGAACGAUGUGAACGAUAACUCGCCCCGCUUCCUGCGAGAUCAUUACCUGGGCUCAAUUAUGGAGGACGUACCCAUCUACACAAGUGUUGUCCAGGUUUCAGCCACUGAUCGGGAUUCUGGCCUGAAUGGCCGAGUUUUCUACACCUUUCAGGGAGGCGACGAUGGCGAUGGCGAUUUUAUUAUUGAGUCCACAUCAGGAAUCGUGCGAACACUGCGGCGCCUGGACCGUGAGAACACUCCCAUCUACAACCUUCAGGCUUUCGCAGUGGAUAAGGGAGUUCCUGCCCUCAAAACAUCUGUAGACAUUCAGGUCACGAUUCUGGACGUGAAUGACAACCCGCCGGUGUUUGAGAAGGAUGAGUUUGAUAUCUAUGUGGAGGAGAAUAGCCCCAUAGGCCUGGUAGUUGCCCACAUUUCUGCCACAGACCCAGAUGAAGGUAGCAAUGCCCAGAUCAUGUACCAGAUUGUUGAGGGCAAUGUCCCAGAGGUGUUCCAGCUGGACAUCUUCUCUGGUGAGCUCACAGCAUUGAUGGACCUUGACUAUGAAACACGUUCUGAGUACAUAAUCGUAGUCCAGGCCACAUCCGCUCCUUUGGUCAGCCGAGCCACUGUCCACAUCAAGCUCAUCGAUAAGAACGACAAUGUGCCGGUGCUCAAGAACUUCCAGAUCAUCUUCAACAACUAUGUGACGGAUAGGUCCAACAGCUUCCCAACGGGAGUGAUCGGGCAGAUUCCUGCCCACGAUCCAGACAUUUCGGACCAGCUGCGGUACAGCUUUGAGGCGGGAAAUGACCUGAAUCUGCUGAUCCUUAACCAGACGACUGGGCAGAUCCGGCUGAGUCGUGCACUUGAUAACAACCGUCCACUGGAGGCUUCCAUGAGGAUCGCAGUCUCAGAUGGCGUUCACUCCGUCUCCGCCCAGUGUCUGCUGCAGGUCACCAUCAUUACAGACGAAAUGCUCUCCAACAGCAUCACCCUCCGCUUGGCCAACACGUCUCAGGAGCGCUUCCUCUCCGUCCUGUUGGCCCAGUUCCUGGAGGGCGUGGCCCGCGUUCUCUCCGCCUCACGCGAGGACGUGGUGGUCUUCAACAUCCAGGACGAUACGGACGUUAACGCUAGCAUCCUGAAUGUCAGUCUGAGCGUGGCAGUGCCUGCCGGGGGGAUGCGGGGCAGGAGUGACCCGGUGUCUCCACGGCUGGGGGCCGGAGGGGUGGAAUUUUUCGGUUCUGAGGAGCUGCAGGAGCGCCUGUACCUGAACCGGAGUCUCCUGGCGCGGAUCUCCUCCCAGCAAGUUCUUCCAUUCGACGACAACAUCUGCCUGCGUGAGCCGUGCGAGAACUACAUGAAGUGCGUGUCGGUGCUGAAGUUCGACAGUCUGGCUCCCUUCGUGGCGUCCGACACCAUCCUGUUCCGCCCGAUUCACCCCAUCGCGGGUCUGCGGUGCCGCUGCCCCACCGGCUUCACCGGAGAUUACUGCGAGACGGAGAUCGACCUGUGCUACUCCAACCCCUGCGGAGUCCACGGAGUGUGUCGCAGCCACGAGGGCGGCUUUACCUGCGAGUGUCUCCAUGACUACACAGGUGAGCGGUGUGAGGUGUCGUCACGGUCAGGUCGGUGUGUGGAAGGCGUGUGUAAGAACGGCGGGACAUGUGUGAACCUCCUGGUGGGGGGGUUUAGGUGUGAGUGCCCCCUGGGGGGCUUUGAGAAGCCCUACUGCAGCAUCAGCACCCGCAACUUCCCCCCGAACUCCUUCAUCACCUUCAAGGGGCUCCGCCAGAGAUUCCACUUCACGCUCUCGCUCACAUUUGCUACCAGAGAACCGGACGGCCUGCUGCUGUAUAACGGCCGCUUUAAUGAGAAGCACGACUUCAUCGCCAUGGAGAUCGUCAACGAGCAGAUCCAGCUCACCUUCUCUGCAGGUGAAACAAAGACGACUGUAUCACCGUUCAUCCAGGGUGGGGUCAGCGACGGCCACUGGCACACGGUCCAGGUGCACUAUUAUAAUAAGCCCAUCCUGAACCAGGCAGGCCUACCCCAAGGCCCGUCGGACCAUAAGGUCGUCGUGGUAACGGUGGAUAACUGUGACACCUCAAUGGCUCUUCGGUUUGGUUAUGUGAUCGGCAACUACUCAUGUUCCGCUCAGGGCAGCCAAUCAGGAUCCAAGAAGUCACUGGAUCUGACCGGUCCGUUGUUGCUGGGCGGAGUUCCGCGGCUGCCCGAGGAUUUCCCCAUCCAGAACAGACAGUUCGUGGGCUGCAUGAAGGACCUGCGCAUCGACAGCAGAAACAUGGACAUGGCAGCUUACAUCGCUAACAAUGGCACCCUGCCAGGAUGCUCAGCAAAGCGGCAGUUCUGUAUCAAUAACCCAUGUCUGAAUGGUGGAACCUGUGUAAGUCUCUGGGGCUCCUUCAGGUGUGACUGCCCCCUGGGGUUCGGAGGACGCAACUGCGAGAAAGUGAUGUCCAACCCUCAGCGUUUCCAGGAUAACAGCAUGUUGUUAUGGAGUAACCUGGCUGUCGUGGUAACUGUUCCCUGGAACCUGGAGCUGAUGUUCCGAACCCGCCAACCUACUUCCACCAUCCUGCACGUAACAACCAGCCAGCAUCAUAACUUUACCGUACAGCUGAGAGAUGGUAGUGUGGUGAUGAUGCUGCAGCACGGUGAGGACUCUGCAGUUUCUCGGGUGGAGGACGUGUCUGUAGAUGAUGGCGAAUGGCACCACCUCCAGGUGGAGCUGCUGGGCCCAGCAGGAGGCGCUGCUCACUCUGAGGUGUAUAAAGCGUUGCUGACCAUCGACCAUGGACUCUACUCGUCCUCCAUGGAGGUGGACAGUAAGCUGAAGGGAGUGAAGCUGAAGACUCUGAGUGUUGGCGGUGUUGCUGUAGGCAACAACAAAGUGCUGCAUGGGUUCCACGGCUGUAUACAGGGCGUGUCCGCAGGUUCGCUCUCUCUGAGUGCGUAUGAGGUGCUCAGGGUGAACGUGGAGAGCGGCUGCAGUGUGCCGGACCCCUGCAGCUCAAACCCCUGCCCCCCACACAGCUCCUGCACCCACCGCUGGGACUCGCACACCUGCACCUGCCAUCCAGGUUACUAUGGCAACAACUGCACGGACGCCUGCGCUCUGAACCCCUGCGAACACCAAUCAGCUUGCAGCAGGAAGCUGAGCUCCGCCCACGGUUAUGUCUGCGACUGUCGCAGCAGCUAUUUUGGUCGAUACUGCGAGAAAAAAACUGACCUGCCGUGUCCUCGUGGUUGGUGGGGUCAUAAGACGUGCGGCCCAUGUAACUGCCCCAUCGAUAAAGGCUUCGAUUCCGACUGUAACAAAACCAGCGGAGAGUGUCGCUGCAAGGAUAAUCACUACCGUCCAGCGGGCAGCGAGGUGUGUUUGCUGUGCGAGUGUUAUUCCGUGGGCUCGUUCUCCCGAGUGUGUGAGCGAGAGAGCGGUCAGUGUCAGUGUAAGCCAGGGGUCAUAGGUCGUCAGUGUGACCGCUGUGAUAACCCCUUCGCCGAGGUGUCGCCCAACGGCUGUGAAGUGAUAUAUGACAGUUGUCCUCAGGCAAUCGAGGCAGGAAUCUGGUGGCCCAGGACUAAAUUCGGUCUACCUGCGGCGGUUGCCUGUCCUAAAGGAUCCAUCGGCACAGCAAUCAGACACUGCGAUGAGCACAAAGGCUGGCUUCCUGCAAAUCUCUUUAACUGCACCUCCCUCACAUUCUCUAAACUCAAACCGCUGUCAGAGCAGGUUGGCCGUAACCUCUCAGUGCUGGACUUCUCUAACGUGCAGCAGACUGCAGCCCUGCUGUUUAACGCCACUCUGCACACGCACUCUUACUACGGCAGUGACGUUAAAAUAGCGUACCGCCUCACGCAGGGGCUCCUGCAGCACGAGAGCAGCCAGCAGGGCUUCAGCCUGGCAGCUACGCAGGACGUCCACUUCAACGAGCACCUGCUGCGUGUGAGCAGCGCGAUGCUGGCGUCGGAGACGCGUCCUCACUGGGAGCAGAUCCAGCAGGCCGAGGGAGGAACGGCGGCUCUGCUGAGGCACUUUGAGGAAUAUACGCACACUCUCGCUCAGAACAUGAGGAGAACCUACCUCAGCCCCUUCACCAUCGUCACUCCCAACAUCGUUAUCUCCAUCGAUCGUUUGGACAAGAUGAACUUUGCAGGUGCUAAACUCCCUCGUUAUGAGUCCCUGCGUGGGCCCCGCCCACUCGACCUAGAGACGGCCGUCACUCUGCCGGACUCUGUCUUUAUUCCUGCCCUUGAGGGUAAAGGUCAUCGGCAUCACAGCGAGUCCGUCACAGAGCCCGCCAGGAACCAGUCGGGCAAUCGGAAGAGACGCCACCCGGACAAGCGUGAGCAGGACGCUGUGGCCAGCGUGAUAAUCUUCCACAGCCUGAGUACAUUACUGCCCCAGAGAUACGACACGGACAAGAGGAGUCUGAGGGUUCCUAAGCGGCCAGUGAUUAACACCCCUGUGGUCAGUAUUACUGUGCAUGAUAAUGAGGAGCUGGUGCAGCACGCGCUGGAUAAACCAAUCACAGUGCAGUUCCGCCUCGUCACCACUGAGGAGCGCUCUAAACCCAUCUGUGUGUUCUGGAACCACUCCAUCAGCACCGGGGGUCCCGGUGGGUGGUCCUCCAAAGGCUGCGAGGUCGUGUUCAGGAACAGCACACACAUCAGCUGUCAGUGCUAUCACAUGACCAGCUUCGCUGUGCUGAUGGACAUCUCACACAGAGAGAACGGUGAGAUAUUACCCAUAAAGCUGGUGACGUGGAGCACGGUGGGCGUGACCCUGUUCUUCCUCUUCCUCACCGUGGUCUUCCUCACCUGUCUGAGGGCCAUGUACAGUAACAGCACCAGCAUCAUCACCAACGGAGCCCUCACGCUCUUCGUCGCCGAGCUGCUCUUCAUCCUCGGCAUCAACCAGACCGACAACCCGUUUGUGUGUACGAUCAUCGCCAUCCUGCUGCAGUUCUUCUACAUGUGCGUGUUCUCCUGGCUCUUUCUUGAGGGGCUGCAUGUGUACCGGAUGCUGAGUGAAGUUCGGGACAUUAACUACGGCCCCAUGCGCUUCUACUACCUCAUCGGCUGGGGUCUCCCAGCCAUCAUUACCGGCUUAGCGGUCGGUUUGGAUCCUGAAGGUUACGGAAAUCCUGAUUUCUGCUGGCUCUCUCUGUACGACACUCUGAUCUGGAGCCUGGCUGGACCCAUCGCUCUCGUCGUGGCUAUGAAUCUGUUCCUGUAUAUUUUGGCCUCCAGAGCCUCCUGCUCUCUCAGAUCAAACAACUACGAGAAGAAACAACCACCAGUGUAUGGUUUGCGGACGGCGUGUGUUGUGCUGCUGCUGGUGACGGUGACGUGUCUGCUGGCUCUGCUGUCUGUAAACAGUGAUAUGAUUCUGUUCCACUAUCUGUUCGCCGCCUUCAACUGUGUUCAGGGUCCGUUCAUCUUCUUCUUCCGUAUCGUGUUUAAUAAAGAGGCUCGCGGCGCGAUGCGUUACUGCUGCGGCAAGAAACGCCCCGAACACGUCAUCAAAUCCAAACCUUCAUACACCUGCAGCAGCAGCUAUGCAGAUGGUCGUCUGUACCAUCUGCCCUACGCCGAGUCCAGCGUGUCCCUCAACGGAACUCUGCAGAGCGCCAAGAGCCAACACAGCUACGUACCAUUCGUCCUCAGAGAUGACGGAGGUUUGAACAACAGUCAGAUCGCCCUGGAUGACCACAGUUUCCAUGAAACUAAACCACAUCCAGAUGAUCAUGACUCUGACUCAGACAGUGACCUGUCAGAGCUGGAGGAUGACCAGAGCGGCUCGUACGCGUCCACACACUCCUCAGACAGCGAGGAUGAGGAGGGCCAGUACCUGCAGGAGGAAUGCUGGGAAAACCUGGCAACCAGCACCGCCAAGAGAGCACAGGACUCGAGUGGUGGGGCCCCCUGCUGGCUGGGCGAGUGUGAGGCAGGAGGGGGCGGAGCCAGGCUGAGGGUGGAGACUGUGACCCAUCCAGAAGAGAAAGCAGAGGAUUAUGGAAAAGAGAACACGCUACCACUCCUACCCAGCUUACACAACCCACACACACAUCCACACAAAGGAAUUCUGAAGAAGAAGCCUCUCUCUCCGAUCGCCGAGAGAAACGGAAUCAACCGCAUCCACAACCAGCUGUCAGUCAACACCUCAGACCCUGCCUCCUCUAGAGGCUCCUCCUCUAGCGAGGGCCAGGGGGGCGGGGCCAAGCAGGACCAGCUGAACGGAGUGGCCAUGAGCAUAAAGGCGGGAACGGUGGACGAUGACUCGUCAGGAUCCGACAGUUCCCGCCAAACUGCGAUGUGAUUGGCCUGAUGACAGGAGGGGUGUGUCUUUGCAGGUCCUAGAAUACACCUGGUGGCCUGUUGAUCCCCCUGAAGCUCCACCCACACCGCACUGGGUCCAGUGAAAGGGGCAUGGCCAAACGAGUUGUUGAAGAAAACAGAGGCGCCGAACAAUCCCACAAUCCCCUGCGUCUCCCCACGGAUUAUCCCACUGUGCCAAACUUCAAACGUCUCGCCGCCGAGAUUGCACUGACCACACGAUCUUAUUUUGUAGGGUUUUUUUAAUACGUUUGUUUACAUACUUGAAGUGAUGCACUUUUAUUUUUUGUGUUUUUUGAGGAUUUCCACUGCCCAGCAGGAAGAGACUCUGGUCAGACUUUUUCUUCUUUGUUUUGAUUUUUAACAAAAGCUAGUGUGAAGAUUUUUGAAGAUAUCAGGGAAAUUUCCUUCAUUAAGCUAAAAUUCUAGAAGGUCUACUGUACAGCAUCUAGAGCCUGUGACGUUUUCUACUGUAACAUUUACCUGAAGUACCUGAAGACCUGGACUCCAAACGUAGGAGAUGGACGUCCAGCAGGAACAUUCAGGCUGCGACACUGUAAAGAAAAUGGUCAAAUCCAGGCUCCGCCCACAAAUGCAUUCUUUCAUAGACACUGGUCAGGUUGGACAAACUUUACAGAACACGAUCAAAAAUACCAUUAAAAUUAAUGACAAACUGUAGAACAGACUCGGUUUAUAUCACAAUACCUACAUUUAGAGUCGGUUAUUAAUUCAGCCUAAUGAGAAACUGUAGAACAGACUCGGUUUAUAUCACAAUACCUAC